CCCUGGCUGCUCCCACCGCCUUGUCUUAGCGUCACGCCUCCCCCUGCGUUGCUCUGUGCGCUCUGUUGCUGCUUCUCGGCCGCGGCCACCCGCGCAGGCUUCUCGGAGGACCGCUGCAGCUGGAGGGGCAGCGGCCUCACCCAGGAGCCCAGCCAGCUGGCCCUGGCCUGUGCGGAGGGCGGGAUCGAGUGGCUAUACCCUGUUGGUGCGCUGCGCUUGACCCUGGGCAGCUCUGACUUCGGCACGCGGCUCCGCAUCGCCUGCCUGCGGCCGGCGCGGCCCUUUGCUGGCGUCCAGGUCUUCGCUGAGAGGGCGGGCGGCGGCCUGCAGCUGCUGCUGGCUGAGGGCCAGGGCCCAGCCAGGGGUCAAUGUGUGCGCUAGGGUCCCCGCGAGCGCCGGGCUCUCUUCCUGCAGGCCACACUGCACCGAGACAUCAGCCGCCGUGUGGCCUCCUUCCGCUUCGAGCUGCGAGAUGACCCGCGUCUGGAGCUGCCUCCGCGGGCCCACGGUCUGGGCGAGGAUGGUGCCUGCAGGCCCCGCAGCAGUGCGGAGUUCCUGCUGGCCUCGUGCACUAGUGACCUCGUGAUCCAUGGGACCGUCCUUGGCGUUGCCCACGACACAGAGCUGCAGGAGUCUGUCAUCACCGUGGCAGCUGCCCGUGUCCUCCACCAGACACUGCCACUGUUCCAGGUAGAGGGCCCUGGGGGCCAAGUACAGGCCUCCAUGUGCACCCCACUGCGCUGUGGGGUCCGCCCUGGUCCUGGCACUUCCCUCUUCAUGGGCUGGAGCCAUUUCGGGGAGGCCUGGCUUGGCCGUGCUCCCACAUAGGAAUUCAGCCGUGCCUACGCAGCUGCUCAUGCCAACCACCUCUACCCCUGCGAGGUGGCGCUGGACUGA